GAGAAUAAUUUUUAUUUAAAUUUUAAAUAGUUUUAUAAAUUUGAGCAAAAGUGUAAUAGUGAUGAGGUGGUUUACUGUACUUUCUUUAUUAUUAAUUUGUUUAAGCCAGUGUAUUAUUUAUUCAGAAGAAACACAGCAAAAUCGGUGCCCCGUUGUACGAUUACUAAAUGGGAGGGUACGUGCAAGGGCUAGAGGUAGAAUCGUUAGAUUUAAUUGUAACGAUGGUUACACUCUUGUGGGUAACAAAUAUUCCACGUGUAUACAUGGACAAUGGGACACACCAAUACCAGUGUGCGUUAAUGCAGAAUGUACACCUCUCCCUACACCCGAACACGCUUUAGUAGCGAAAAAACAUGAUGGUGCGAUACUUAUGUAUUUCUGCGAAACUGGUUAUGCUUUAAUUGGAACAUCUGAAAUUUAUUGCAACGGUCAUAACUGGAACGCAACAGCUCCGUAUUGUAGAGAUACAAGCGCGACUGCACCUACAAGAUGUGACUUCGAGAAACCGGAUUUUUGCUGGUGGGAGCAGGAUCCUCUACAUGAUUUUGACUGGCAGCGACAUAAUUUCGAAACUCCGAGCUCGCAUAUUGGCACGGGGCCGACAUAUGAUCAUACAUUGGGAGCUGGAAAUGAAGGAUAUUACCUUUACAUUGAGGCAUCUGGACGUUUGGUAAAUGAUACAGCAAGAAUUAUCUCCCCUCUGUAUAACUCUGUAUUAACAGAAUCUGGAUGCUUUUCAUUCUGGUAUCACAUGUAUGGUACUGCGAUGGGUGGUUUACGAAUCUAUUUCAAAGCAGAAACUGAUAUUAACCCACAGUUAAUGUUUCAUAAGGACGGUAAUCAAGGAAAUCAAUGGUUACAUGGUAUUUUUACUUUACCGAAAGUAGAUAAAAAUUUUCAGAUAAUAAUUGAAGGUAUACGAGGUACAAGCUAUGUAAGUGAUAUAGCUGUUGAUGAUAUUGCUAUUUUGCAAGGAAAAGAAUGUGAGACAAACACAAGUGAUAUUGGUACUACCACCAUGACAACUAAUAAUAAUGAUCAAGUUGAAAUAGUAAGUGCAUCACAAACUUGUCAAGGGAAGUGUAACAAUUUUCCUACAUCUCAGAUGAUUAAUGUUGAACCACAAGAUGAAGAACCACCUGUAUAUAAAGUAGAACAGUGUCAAUGUACAUUGGAUUGUGCAGAAUACUCCCUCUGUUGUCCAGAUUAUGCAGAAUACUGUGUUCUUGCUUUUACAGAUGAUGGAAUUAUUCAGGAGAUUACAGAAGCUACCAUUAGUACUACUACAAAUCAAAAUAGAAAAAAUGUUACAAGAUUGUUGCCAAAUAUUACUAAAGCUGUGAAGUAUGAAACUACAACUUUGUCAACAACCAUUAAUCAUAGUCAUAUAUUUAUAAAUCCAAAAGAUGAUAUCGAUCCUAAUACAACAAAACCACGAGAAACAGAAGUACCAAAACCAAAAAUAUUUGUAAAACCUACUAUGAAGAGCACUACUGUUGUUCAUGUAAUUGUACCCAUUACAGUACCUAAAACAUCAACAAAGACUACAUAUAAAUCAACGGCAACAACUACAAAACAUAUUGAAAUAACUAAACAAUAUGAUCCACAAAUAAGUGUGAGAAUAGAAAAACCUAAAAAACUCAAUCAUAACAGUGGAAACAUUGGACUGCCUAGUAUUAUUGGUUUAAUUAUUGGCGUAUUGGCUGGAAUUAUUGUUGUUUCAAUAGUAGCAUUCUUCAUAAUUACAAGAAGGAAAACUUACAAACGUGGCACUGGUAAUUCUUCGCUUUCUGAAGAUAGUGAUGUUCGCUUCUUAACUUCAGAUGAAAUACUUGAUUUUAAUUUGGCAAAGCCUAGUGAUAAUGAUGAGUUGUAAAAUUUAUCAUAUGAAUGAUAUAACACAUUUUGCAAAUAUCUUUCGUUAAACGGAGUGUUAGCUCACUCUUCACACGUGAGCAUAAAUUGAUAAGUUAUAUCCAAUGUGGAUAGGGUUAAGUAUGAUGCAACAACAAUCAUUGACAUUUAUCAAUGAAACUGUGUUAGUGAUUAUCGUGGAACUGAAAUAUAUAAUAAUGUUAGAAGUGUUUUGAUUUUUAUGAUUUUAAUUAGUUCAGACAAAUUAAUAACCAAUUUUUAUAGUGGAACGUUUUGUGGUAUUAGGUUUGUGUGAUAUAACAUCAAGAGCAUAUUAUAACUGAAAAAGCAUAAACAAAAUCUAAAUGCUUCAUUCCAAUUUUACAAAUUUUAUUUUAAAAUAAAUGUAUAACAUAUUAUACCAA